UUACACAACUAUUCAACAAUAAAACAUGUAGUUUAUAGGGGAAAUUAUUCUUUGCAACACAAAGUAAAAGUUUAGUUGUCUUUUUCUGAGUGGAAUAAUGUACUGACAUUAAACUAGUUAGCGAGCUAGCUUGCUACUGUAUAUAACUAGUUCGCUAUGUAACGCAGUAUUCAUUCCGUUAACUGACGUUAGCUAGUGUUUCCAGUUUUGAGAUCUAGCUAGCUAGUUAGCCAUUCUCGUGCUCAUGUUCUCUUGAUAAGUGGAUAAAUACAUGAUGACACUAUUCCUACCUGCACUUUGAAUCAUGGCAAGCAAACCGGUUUGGGAGCAGAUAGGUGCAGGCUUUGUGCAACAUUAUUACCAACAAUUUGAUUCUGAUAGAACCAAACUCGCCGAUCUCUAUACUGAUGCGUCAUGUUUAACAUGGGAAGGAGUUGGUUUCCAGGGGCAUAAAGCCAUUAUGGAGAAGAUCACUAGCUUACCGUUCCAGUCAAUUCAGCACAGCAUCACCGCACAGGACCACCAGCCCACGCCAGACAGCUGUGUAAUGAGCAUGGUGAUGGGACAGCUCAAGGCUGACACGGACCAGGUGAUGGGUUUUCAACAAACGUUCCUGCUGAAGAACGUGGACAACAAAUGGAUCUGCACAAAUGACAUGUUCAGAUUGGCACUACAUAACUUUGGAGCAUAGGAGGAAAUGGAAGGAUCAUGUACCUUCCACAGAGUUAGCUUUUUAUAUUACUUUUCAACUUUACGUGUGUGUGAGAGAAUGAUUGUCAGAUUCUUGUCUUCAAUAAACUCAUUAACCAGUUAUUCUGUAUUA